AUGCCGACAUACAAGAUUAGGGGAAUCAAUCUGGAUUUCCCUUUCGAGGCUUACGAUUGCCAGCUCGUUUAUAUGGAAAAAGUCAUUCAAUCUCUUCAAACGAGGUGUAAUGCACUAUUGGAGAGUCCAACUGGAACUGGAAAAACACUCUGUCUUCUGUGUGCCACAUUGGCAUGGAGAAAGAGUUUGGGCAGUUUCUCUACCAAUCAGAGUGAGAUAAGAAGUCAUAUCAGUGGAAGCCAACAUUCAGAUGGAUCUUUACCACAGUCCCAGGGCUCAAAGUUACCCACUAUAAUAUACACAUCACGCACCCACAGCCAAAUUCGGCAAGUAAUUCAAGAACUGAAAAGGACCACUUACAGGCCCAAAAUGGUCGUGUUAGGAUCUCGAGAGCAAUUGUGCAUUCAUGAAGAAGUGAGUCUAAUCCGUGGAAAAGCACAGACAAAUGCCUGCCACUCUCUUUGCAAGAAACGCACAAAGCAGUACUGUGCCCACUUCUCACGCGUUGCAGAAUUUGUGAAGAAUAAUCCUGGUCUUGGAGAUGAUCCUAUUGACAUAGAGGACUUGGUCAAUAUUGGAAGAAGCUGUGGACCGUGCCCUUACUACUUGUCACGGGAUCUCCACAAGGCUGUUGACAUCUUAUUUGCACCUUACAACUAUCUUAUAGAUCCUGGGAACCGAAAAUCUCUGAAUAUUGAGUGGAACAACAGCAUCCUCAUAUUUGAUGAAGCCCACAAUUUGGAAGGCUUAUGUGCUGAUGCGGCCUCUUUUGAUCUGCCUUCUAGUCUUCUGACCGCUUGUAUUUCUGAAGCAAAAACUUGUGUAGACCUCUCUAUUGCUAGGAGGGAAAAGUCAAGUGAUAAGUCAAGCAAUCCAGAUAACUUCGCUGUUCUUAGAGCACUUCUUUUGAAGCUUGAGAAGAGAAUAUCCGAGGUGCCUAUUGAAUCCAAAGAAUUGGGUUUUACAAAGCCUGGGCCGUAUAUUUAUGAGCUACUUGCUGAUCUAAAUAUCACUCAGAAAACUGCCACUAUGCUGAUUGAUAUCACUGAGGAAGCAUGUUUACUUCUCGAGGAAGACACAAAUGUCGUUGACGCUGGAGGAUCUCACAAAACAAAGGGAACAGUUUGUAGGUUGGAAAGCAUGGGUGACAUUCUUAGAACGAUUUUCAGAGAUGGUAGUAAUGCUCAUGCCAAAUUCUAUCGCGUUCAUAUCCAAGAAGUUGAAGCAAGUGCUGUAGAUGUCUUUAAAGGGAAGUCUUCUCGAAUACUAAGCUGGUGGUGUUUCAAUCCAGGAAUUGCCAUGGAGGAGUUCUCGAAGCGAGGUGUUGGAUCCAUCAUUUUGACAUCUGGCACAUUAUCACCUCUGGAUUCAUUUGCUGAGGAAUUGAAAUUAGAAUUUCCUGUUCGUUUGGAGAAUCCUCAUGUUAUUACAGGGGAUCAGAUAUGGGCCGGAGUGGUACCAGUUGGGCCAUCUGGCUAUUCUUUUAAUUCUUCUUAUCGCAGUCGUGAUUCCGUAGAGUACAAGCAGGAACUUGGCAAUGCCAUUGUAAAUUUUGCUCGUAUUGUGCCGGAUGGUCUUCUUGUAUUUUUCCCAUCUUACUACUUUCUGGAUCAAUGUAUAAGCUGCUGGAAAACUGCGGGUAAUGUAAACUUAAUAAAUUCCAGUACAAUCUGGGAAAGAAUAUGCAAAUUUAAGUUGCCGGUUGUGGAACCCAGGCAAUCUUCACUCUUUCCUUUGGCAAUUGAAGACUACAUGACAAAAAUAAAAGUCAAAUCAACUUCUGGGGCAGUAUUUUUUGCAGUCUGCCGUGGCAAGGUGAGUGAAGGAUUGGAUUUUGCUGAUCACGCGGGUAGGGCAGUGGUCAUCACUGGUAUACCAUUUGCCACCAUAACUGAUCCUAAGGUUCGUCUGAAACGUGAGUACUUGGAUCAACAAGCACAGUCACAAAAGAUAGGCUGCAAGGGUCUGUACGGAGAAGAGUGGUACACUCAACAAGCAUCACGAGCUGUAAAUCAGGCUGUAGGUCGAGUCAUUCGUCAUCGCCAUGAUUAUGGAGCAAUUAUAUUUUGUGAUGAAAGGUUUACAAAUUCAAGUCGUCAGUCUCAAAUAUCAAUGUGGAUACAGCCUCACACCAAAUGUUACACUAAGUUUGGGGAUGUAGUUUACACGUUGACUCGUUUCUUUCGAGAUGCUGGAGCUGGUAGCCCUACAAAACUAGAAGUAGCAGGAGCCGAAGAUCAUGAAACUAUAAAUAGGUCAAAAGGCUCCCAACUUUUGAACAAACUUCACCUUGAAAGACAUCUUGCUCCCAUGACCACAUCCAUGGCUGCAACUUGUUCUUUGAAAUCUGUGGCCUCUUCCUGCCAAGUCAAAGGAGAUAUCUUAUCUAACAUGCUAACAGGAAUACUUCCUGCCAAUCGCUCAUCUUUAAUGUCAGACAAGCUUGUUCAGGAUUCAGCUUUGAAGUGUUCAACUAAUUUGAAACAUUUGGAUAAAAAAAAUUUAACCACUGGACUGAAUAGCACACUAUCUAACAAACAGAAAAUAGUUAAAUUGACCCCAGAAGUAUCGUUAGAUGAUAAAGAUAAUGAACCGCUAGCACCUUAUGCUUCGAAGAAGCGUAAAUUAUUUAUAGAAGGACCGGAUCAAAGACAACUUCAUAAGAAGUCUGAUGAGGACUCUACUUAUUCAGCAGAACAGAAGUCUCCACAAUUUUCUAGGACUGGCAGCUCUCAGAAUCAUCAAGCUACUUGCAAUGCUGUGGAAAAGAGAGGAUCAGCUUUUCUGGUCCAGGUCCGCGAAAAGCUCACCGAUGCAGAAUAUAAAGAAUUUGUGGGCUUUAUGAAGGCGCUAAAAUCUAAUGCAUUGAAAAUACGCCACGUUUUGCAAUCUAUUGCAAAAUUAUUCUCUCUUCCAGACAGGCUCUCGCUACUGUACGGAUUCAAGGAUUAUGUUCCUGCAAAAUAUAAGUCUUUGUAUGAGCGGUACUUGGGGGCUAAUCAUGAAGCAAAAGUACCUGACAAUAGCAUUCCUAGAGAAUUAUAA